AUGGAAAUCCUUCGAACCCCUCCUCAAGCAGCUUCAUUCACGCCCUUGGCAGAGCAUCAGUCGCGCACGCCCGAAUCCUUUUACGAAGGCGCUCCGGUUCUGCACUAUCACAGCGCGCGAUGCAAGAUUGUUAUCUUGGAGAGUGAGCUCGCUAGAUCGCCAGCCUUGCGUACUUUGCGUGGAUCAUCAGCCUCCGACACAAAUGGAUCGGGGGCAGCUCCCGAUGCCGAGGAGAAGGAGACGGUGAUUGACGGGGUGGAUGUUUGGGCAGCUUCUGAUAAAUUUCUCCUCUACCGGACAGAGGCCAGCUCGGGCGUUGCUAUUCCUUAUCCCCUCAUCUCUCUCCAUGCCGUUCAACGACUUAAAUUACCAGCGUCUUCCGAAGAAGUACAAGGCUUAUACAUGCAAAUCGCCAACCCGAUUCCAUCCGACAACGGCGGCGCCGAAGAAGACGAAGAAGAGGAUAGCAUCAACCUCACCAUUGUAUCCCCACCCACUGCUGCCCCUGCUGUUGAAGAGACAGACCCUGCAGCAGAAGGCGCCGAGAUAAAACCAGAGGAAACCGCAACACAGGCACUCUUCGCCGCUGUCUCUGCUUGCUCCAACCUCCACCCAGACCCAGUCACAACUGGUGACGAAGAAGAAGGAGAAGACUAUGAUGGAAACGAGCAACCGGGGGUUGGAGGUCUAUUGCAAGCUGGGUUGAUCAUGUCGGGUGCCGCCGACGGCGGAUUACCGCCUCCCGUGGAUGGCAGCUCAGGCUGGAUCACGGCCGACAACAUGCACGAAUAUUUUGACGAAGAAGGGAAUUGGAUUGGUGAGGGCGAACCGCCGUCUCUCCCUGGACUUGGUCCUGGGGCAGGCAACACACAUGAUAGGGAUGACGGGCCUGCUCAGAAUGGGGAAGGAAACGAUGACGAUGAGACGAAGUGGAGACGAACUGAUUGA